UAGGCCGUCUCGGCUUAUAGACACACCCCUUUCUCCGAGCCAUGGCCAACGUCAGCGUUGCUUCGCUUCCGUGCUUCAGCUUGGACGAGAAGAUACUGCAAAUUCUCUGGGACGAAGGCGUCCAGAUGGAAGAGCUCCUGGAUUUUUCUUUCGAGCGCGUGGGAAAACUGGCAGCCGAAAAAGGAGUCCAACUGGACGACGCCCACAAAGAGGAACUGUGGCUCUACGUGCAACGCAUGAAGGCAGAACAACAGGACUGGGUGUCAAUGUCCCACUACCAGGACCACUCUUCGAGGCAACAGUUCGACUCCUGCCUGGACGAUUUUACCGGGGCUUCGCGAUUCCACACAGCGCAGCUCUCGUGGGACCCGCACCAGUCGUGGGACCAGUCGUACCACGCCUCCUUCAGCCGCGACUCGUUGGAGACCACAGCGCUACCGCGUGAAGAGAAAGACGAUGUGGCCGAAAGCCACAACGUCAAGACGAAGUCCUCCAAGCGGACGUGCAAGACGCCCAAGACAUUUAGGCUUUCCAAGUGCGACCUGAGCCCUAUCUCUGCCAAGCCAAAGGCGCCAAUUCGUCGCUCGCGAAGCAAGGUUGCCGCCCUCCUUAGUCGCCUAGUGCACGAGAGGAGCACGAAGGAACCGCUGGAGGAUCGCUUCUUCACGCGAGGCAUUUGGCCCUCGUGGCUCAACUUCAACGCUACACCAAAGCAAUCUAGUCCCACGCCAGAAAGACGAAGCAGCGCAGUCUUCUCCGGACGUCAGAGAACACCAUUACUCCUGCGCUGGCUCGGUCGCAAGCGUUCGCAUGGCUACAGGGUGUCGGCUGUGCGCCAGAGACAUUGAGCGAUCCCAUAGUCGGUCACAUCCGUACCAUCCAGAGCCUUUAUUCAUGACAAUGUGCAUAUGGAUCAUUUUGGCAGCGCAUGAACUGGCUUGCCACGGUGUCAACCA